UGCACGCCUAUUUUCCCAACCCAAACCGUCGUUAUGAACCUACCCGAAAGAGAAAUGGUACAGUACGAUUCGGCCGACCCUGCGGCACGGCCCUCUUCCACGCCUCCCAGAACUGUCGCGAGCGAUAUUGCGGCGGCGGCGAACCAAACAGAGAUCGAUUGGGAGGGUGACGCUGAUCCCUCAAACCCCAUGAACUGGAGCUCCUGGUAUCGAUGGUGCCAUAUCGUCGUAAUAUCGCUCCUCACCUUCGUCACGUCUCUGGGCUCCUCGAUGCUGGCCCCUGCAGUCCCGGACGUUAUGAGGUCUCUCGGCUCCGACAACGCAGAGUUGGAAUCGUUUGUAGUAUCAAUCUAUGUCAUUGGAUUCGCUUUAGGCCCGCUAAUCGCUGCCCCCAUGUCGGAGAUAUACGGGCGUAGCAUAGUCUACCACCUGUCAAACGUGCUCUUCCUUGGUGCGACCAUUGGUUGCGCUCUGAGCACGAAUGUCGGAAUGUUUCUCGCCUUCCGGUUAAUCUCCGGCUGUGCUGGAGUGACACCCCUCGCCCUCGGAGGAGGCUCGAUUGGGGACCUUAUGGCUCCCGAGAAAAUGGGAACUGCGAUGGCAAUUUGGGGGCUUGGCUCUCUAGUGGCCCCGGUUUUCGCCCCUAUCGCUGGGGGGUAUCUCAGUGAAGAUGUUGGUUGGAGAUGGAUCUUCUGGGUCAUAACUAUUCCGAUGGCCGUUUUGACGUUAUUGUCACUUGUUAUCCUUCGUGAAACGUAUGCCCCCAUACUGCUGGAACGAAAAGCACGGCGCCUACGAAGGGCGACGGGAAAUCAGGAUAUCAGGCCACGGUCAGCUUCAAUGAUGUCACAACGUCAGGUGUUUUUUGAUGCCCUUGUGCGUCCGUUAAAGAUGCUCCUGACUUCCCCAGUUGUCAUGACGCUUGCGUUUGACGUGGCUGUAGUCUAUGGAUACCAAUAUCUGGUCUUCACCACAUUGUCAUACAUUUUUCAAGAUGUGUACCACCUCUCGACUGGCCUGUCCGGUCUGGUUUACUUGGGGGACGGGAUAGGAACAAUAUUAGGAAUCUUCUCAAUUGGCUAUGCUUCUGACAAGGUUGCGGAGAGAAGGAAGGCAAGACUAGGUACGCCAGACGAAACUCUGCCACCGGAAAGCUGGCUAUGGCCUAUGGUACCAGCUAGCCUAUUGACGCCAAUCGGCCUCCUGUGGUACGGCUGGUCACUACAGACAGGGGUGUUCCCAGUCGUGCCUUUGGUGGGCCUCGGCGUGUUUGGCUUUGGCAUGAUGGGCAUCUUCCAGCCGGUGCAGAUCUAUCUGGUAAAUGCAUUUCCAGUGCAUUCGGCAUCAGCUCUUGCAGCAAGCAACUUGCUGAGGAGUCUAGUGGGAGCACUGUUGCCUCUUGGAGGGGAGCGAAUGUAUGAUGCCAUGGGCCUUGGAUGGGGGAAUAGUCUACUGGCUUUUAUUGCGUUGGCAAUGGCACCAGUCCCAUAUAUCUUGAUGAGAUUCGGGGAACGGAUGAGAAUGCGUGAUAGAAAUAUAAAUAAAUGAAGGGACCUAGGUGUCAGGAGCGUGAAUGCGACUGACACGGUAAAAUCUUCGAUUUGAGUGGACGGAAAGAGCAUGCACAAUACAGCCCAGAAGCGUUACGUCGCGUCGUUGAACUGAUCAUAUAGACUAAAUGAGAUGAACUGACGAG